CACUGAAGCAGAAACAAACACUUGUCAGAGAAGUCACUGUUUAUUUAUUUUUCUUCACCUUGAACUGAACACUUCUGGCUUCAGGUCAUCAUGUGACAAGAUUAUUAUUAUUUUGUUUUUUCCAAAACGGUACAAGAAAUAUAAAGGCAACUUGAAUAGAGCUUCAUGAGCUGGACUCCCAGCAGCUCCCCAGUCGAGGUUUCUGUGUCCCCCUCCUGCUGCACCAGGACAGGAGCAUGCCAUCUGAGACUUGCCUCAGCAUUCAAGAAAUGCUCACAGGUGAAAGACUUUGCCAGUCUAAGUCUCACAAGGAUGCUGUCCUCGCAGCCCUGAACCAACAGAGACAUGAUGGGAUACUCUGUGAUGUCACCCUGGUUGCCGAGGAGCAGAAAUUCCAUGCCCACAAGGCAGUCCUGGCAGCGUGCAGUGACUAUUUCAGGGCUAUGUUUAGUCUGUGCAUGGUGGAAAGUGGAGCUGAUGAAGUGAAUUUACACGGUGUCACUAGUGUGGGGCUGAAGCAGGCUCUAGACUUUGCAUACACUGGGCAGAUUUUGUUGGAUCCUGGUAUAAUACAGGACGUGCUGGCUGCAGGGAGUCAUCUUCAGUUGCUGGAGCUCCUCAGCUUGUGCUCCCACUAUCUCAUCCAGGAGCUGAACAGCUUCAAUUACCUGGACAUGUACAAGCUGGCGGACCUGUUUAACCUGACGCUGCUGGAGGAGGCUGUGGUGAGCUUCCUGGUGAAGCACCUGUCAGAGCUGCUCAGUAGUCGCCAGGAAGAGGUGCUGGUACUUCCCUACCGUCUCCUCCGGGAGGUGCUCAAGAGCGACCGGCUCACAUCGCUCAGCGAGGAGCAGAUCUGGCAGCUGGCUGUGAGGUGGCUGGAGCAUGACUGCCGCUAUCAGUACAUGGAGGAGCUCCUGCAGUAUGUGCGUUACGGCCUCAUGGACGUCAAUGCCCUGCACACUGUAGCCCAGUCACACCCUCUGGUACAAGCCAGUGAAACUGCCACCGCCUUGAUCAAGGAGGCCUUGGAAUACCACCGCAGCCCCUAUGCACAGCCCACCUGGCAGACCCUUCAGACCAAGCCUCGUUUCCAGUCUGAAACACUUUACAUCGUGGGGGGGAAGAAGAGGGAGGUCUGUAAGGUGAAAGAGCUGAGGUUUUUCAACCCCAUGGACCAGGAGCAUGCCCACAUCGCCGGAGUGUCGAACUGGAGCGAGCUGGCCCCCAUGCCAGUGGGGAGGAGCCACCACUGUGUGGCCGUCAUGGGGGACUUCCUGUUUGUGGCGGGGGGGGAGGUGGAGCAUGCCACGGGGCGCACCAGCGCUGUCAGGACUGCCUGCCGGUAUGACCCGCGCAGCAACAAAUGGACCGAGAUCGCUCCCAUGAAAAACUGCAGGGAACACUUUGUGCUAGGGGCUCUGGAUGAAUACCUGUACGCAGUGGGGGGCAGGAAUGAGCUCCGCCAAGUCCUGCCCACUGUCGAGAGAUACUGUCCAAAGAAAAACAAGUGGACCUUUGUGCAGUCGUUUGACAGGUCGCUGUCGUGUCAUGCUGGGUGUGUGGCUGACGGGCUGCUCUGGAUAUCAGGUGGUGUAACGAACACUGCACAGUAUCAGAACAGAUUAAUGGUGUAUGACCCAAGUCAGAACAAAUGGAUUAGCCACAGUCCAAUGCUGCAGAGGAGAGUGUAUCAUGUAAUGGCACCGGUCCACAGAAAGCUUUACGUCCUGGGGGGAAACGAUCUAGACUACAACAAUGAUCGGAUCCUGGUGCGGCACAUAGACUCCUACGACAUUGACAAUGAUCAGUGGACGCGGUGCAGCUUCAGUUUGCUUACAGGGCAAAACGAGUCAGGAGUAGCUGUCCACAAUGGAAGAAUAUAUCUUGUUGGGGGAUAUUCUAUAUGGACCAAUGAGCCAUUAGCUUGUAUCCAGGUGCUGGAUGUUAGCAUAGCAGGCAAGGAGGAGGUUUUCUAUGGCCCGACUCUCCCAUUCGCUUCCAAUGGCAUAGCAACCUGCUUCCUCCCAGCUCCAUACUUCACCUGCCCCAACCUCCAGACCUUGCAAGUGCCUCAUCACAGAAUUGGUGCUGUGUAAAAAAAAAAAAAAAGAGAAACAGACAAAGAAACAUCUGCAGCCUCAAGAUCCAAUGUGACAGUCUAACAAAAGCAUCCUCAAAACAACCUGAAUGUCUCUCAUUUGCAGUGUAACUUUCUGCAGCAUAAAAGCUGAAAAGACAGUGGAUGUCACUCCCCAGAACCGAAUGUUAGAAAUGGAAGAUGUAGCUUCGGCAGACAGGAUAGAAACACCGACAUCAUAUAUAUGUACAGAGCCUCAGUAUAAGGUUGAAGAAUGUGGCCCAUUAAAACAAAAGCAAUGUAUAGAGAGAUCUGCAAUAAAGGUUAGAAGCCAACAUGUAUUUUAUUUCAGUUAUCAUUGAUAACAAGUCAGGAUUUGGUGAAUAGUCUGACCAACCUUAUUUCAUCAUUUUCUGCAGAAAAACAAGCAACUGUGACACUAGGACUUUCAAUAUAAACAGGAUUUCCCUCGAGUUGGGCACAUUUUUUGUCCGAGGGGGCUACUGUAGUUUGGGGUUCUUUUAUUUUGUUUAAAACUUUAAGAGUACAGUAUGGGAGAAAGUUGAAUGUGAAUUGAAAUCUAUGAGUUGUAUUAAAUGCCCAAGUUUUGCCUCCCUGUUUUAUUUCUUCACACAUUUCAAGGUACAAAAAGUUCCAAUUAAACCAAUAAAGCAAACCCCUGCAUACAUUAACAGGUUUAGGAUGUGAGUUUGCUGUGCGUAACACAUUUUAAUGGCCAUCAAUUUUAAAACAUACUUUCAGUGGGCGUUUAUAAGCCAAACAAACUGCAACGUUCUGAGUGCUUGAUGAUGGUGCAAGCUGUUUUAAAAUGUAUUCCAUAAUAAGUGAUACCAAGAUUUGAAUUACCAGUAUCAUAAGUAAGCAAAUUAGAUUUUAUAAAGUCAGUUUUUUUUUUUGUUUAAAUUUUGACUGCAUUUUGUAUACCAACAUUAUUUUCUUAUAUCCGCAAUUGAAAAAGCGAUGUCAUCAAAAUUAUAAUUGAAAUCCACCAUCACUCAGGACCGGAACAUUGUGCCAGCUUAUACAGAGUGCUUGUUUACAGAGCUAUUGAAACAGUACAUACAAAAAUAAAUCUGAACACUUUAAAAACUAGUGUCCAGAUAUUCAAUUAAGGAUUGUAUUAAUUGCAAUGCUACUUUAUAUAAACAAGGAUUUUACUGUAGAUGUAAUGUGUCAUGCAUGUUGUAUUUAUGCAACAUACUUGAUUAUAAACUUAGAAAUGAAAAAUCUGGUGACUAUGUGCUAGACUGCACAGUCAGGUAUACAUUGAUUUUAGGCAGACAAGACUUACAAAUCGUGCCCCAUUUUAGAGAGCAUCUCGGCAUUCAUUUCAAGAGAGAUUUGGAUGGAACCCAAGAAUGAAUUAUACAGAAUGCCACUAUGUAGAGGAUUAGACAGAAUUUACUGUAUUUAAAUUCUGGAUAUUGCAUAUUAGCUUUUAAAUGUCAAAACAGUUUGCUCUUAUCCCACAAAAGUACUUUAGAAAUCUAAGGCAUAGAGACAGCAUCUACAAGGACCCCAGUAGUCGCUGUGGACAUUGCCACAACAUGCACCCGACAGCAGGAGGCAGUAUGCAGCUAGAUUUAAAAACAAGAAAUACAUCAUGAAAUACAUGAACUUUAAAAUCGUUAUGAUAGAUGCGCUUCAGGUUAUCGGACUGCUUGAGCACGAGAAACAAGCAGGCUCCAGUACCUUGGAUUACAGGGCAUACAUAUACAUGUAAUAUGGUAAUAACCAAGUCACUUGCAUUGUAACAACUGAUGUAAUUAGUGUAUAAUCAUAUGGGAGUGGCCUGUACAAAUAUGUCACCAUGCAGGUAUUAAGAUGCUGUUCACAAGAGCAAUCCCAUGUAAUUACACAAUAGUUACAGUGUAAGAGCAAAGUUUGGUAAUUACAUUGUUAUUAUAAUGCAAUUGCAACAUACUGCACAUGCAGGAAUAAAUGUACUUCAACCCAUUCGGUUAUAUACGUAUUGUUGCUUACAAAUCAGCUUGGAAAAGUCCAGCGAUCUGGCUGAAUUGUGUCACCUAGGAAUGUGUUCAAUAGCUAUCCCUAUAUUUAUAUUGCAAAACACACAUAAGCAUUAUAGUUAUGCCAGAUUUACUGGAUGGAAGAUGAUAACUUAGCAUAAGUGUACCCACUACCAUGUGUUGUUAUUUACAUAAUGAACAACAAUACAUUAAUACAAAUACAUACAUGGUCAUUACUAGUUUGUGUCAUAGCAGUUUUUGUAAGGAAAUGCACAAAUUCCAUUCAAGCAAUCAAUUAGACAAAUAUUGGAAAGAAAGAGGGGUACUCGGUGCAGAAUCAACGAUAUGAAAGGCUUACAGUAGAAAAUAAUAUGUACUGUAUGUUGCAUAUAUGUAUAAUGCAUAUACAAUAUAUUUUGCCUUAUAUUAACAUGUAUGUUCACUUUCUGACAUGUAGGGAGUGUUUUCUAUGAUGUUAUGAUAUGCUGUAUGUAUACUGCACAGCAUAUUAAGUGUCUAUCUCAUAUAUGAGUCAUAUAUAAUGUUCAAUAUGGGCUACUUCAAAUCAGUGCUGACCACAAACAUUAAGCAGAAAUGAAAAUGUUUAAUAUUUACAAGUAAAAAACAUUUUGU